GAGAGGCAGCUGAUGGAGCUGAACAACGGCCGCCUGGCCAUGGUUGCGUUCUUCGGCCUCGUGUUCCAGGACAUGGCCACCGGCGACUACGGUCCGGUCUUCGGGACUCCAGACGCGACUGGCGUAGCGAACGGGACAGGGAACUUCGACGGAAUCGAGCUCUUCAAGGGCCUGCCGUUCCCCAAGAGCCCGGGCGGCAUUACCCCGAACGUCUACCCGCCGGUGGGCUUCCUGAGCUACGACCCUCCGCCCCUGUGA